GUAAAUUUCUCUCAAAUUUCUGCUCUCCUUGGGCAGCAAGAGCUUGAAGGUCGUCGUGUUCCUCGUAUGGUAUCUGGGAAGACGUUGCCCUGCUUUCCGCCUUGGGACACCUCCGCUAGAUCAGGCGGUUUCAUUUGCGAUCGGUUUCUCACAGGCUUGAGACCCCAAGAGUACUACUUCCAUUGCAUGGCUGGACGAGAAGGCCUCGUUGACACGACUGUGAAGACGUCCCGCAGUGGGUAUUUACAGCGUUGCCUUGUGAAGAAUCUGGAGUGUCUUCGAGUGCACUACGACUGUACUGUUCGCGACUCUGACGGUUCGAUUGUUCAGUUCUACUAUGGGGAAGAUGGCGUGGAUGUGAUGAAGACUAGCUAUCUCACAAAGUUUGACUUUAUGGCUCAGGUAUGGUGGUCGGCAAUGCCUCUGUGAAAAAGAAAAAAAAAAAAAUAAUAAUAAAGUCAUCAAUCACUCAAUCGUUUUUUGUUCACCCCAAUUAAAAAAAAAAAAACUCUCUCUAUAUAUAAUGUCUGCCCAAGUAUUAAUAACACGGCCUUGACUAUCAACUACAGAUUGAUUGAAAUUGAAACCAUUAAGGUUAAAAGCCAUGGUACUAAUUCCUAAAGCAGUAAACCAAAUACCUACUACUGGCCAAGCAGCUAGGAAGAAAUGAAGAGAACGAGAAUUA